AUGGGGCAGGACUUGGAGCAACGUUAUGCGAUUAAGUUUUGCGUGCGACUGAACAAAACCGCCACGGAGACUCUCGGUAUGAUUCAAGAGGACUUUAAGGAAGAAGGCAUGUCCCGUGCAAUGGUUUUCCUGUGGCACAAACGUUUCAAAGGUGGCUGCGGAAAUGUUGAAGACAACGAAUGCUCUGGGAGGCCAUCAUCAAGCCGAACGGAUCAAAAUGUGGAGAGAGUGCGGAAACUUUUAAACAAUGACCGUCGCCUUAGUGAUAGACUAAUUGCCGAUGAACUGGCACUCAGUCAGAGUACGGUGUGGAGGAUUGUGAUGGAGAAUUUGAUGAUGCGAAAAGUGUGUGCCAAACUGGUGCCAAAAGUUUUGUCAAUGGAACAGAAGAAACGGCGCAGACAGUUUGCCAGGAAAUGCUCCAACGGUAAUCUGAUCGAAACUCCUGAGAAAGUGGUUACUGGUGAUGAGACCUGGUCUAUGAGUACAUCCUGA